UGAUUUUGACUUUCGUCUCAAUUUUUCUUAAACGCACAUCUUGUGAUUGUAAUGAGAUAAAAUUACGAUAGUGCUUUUUAUAAACAAAUGUUAUGUUGAAAUGAGAUUAAACGGUGUUUAAAAAGACUGAAUCAGCAAAAUGUAUCGGAAAAUUUUGUGGUGUUACGUAUUUUUAUUGACAUCAUUUGAUAUAUCUCCUUACUCGAAGUUGACAGCCCAGGGGAAGAGCCAUGGUAAAAUCGAUUUCUCAUCUUCCAAAUACAUGAGUGCUUCAGUGCAGGACUCUAUCACAGAAGGGAUUGCAUUUCAAGAAUGGGGCGCAGACUCCAUGUCAGUGGACAGCAACGAGGCAGGCGAAGGCGUGGAGGGCGUGGCGCUCUGGCCUCCAGCUCUACACUUUGGGCGCUCCGCCCUCGCAGAGCCACACACACAAUUGGUUACGCUAACGAAUAUGGCAAACACAACGUUGCACCUCGCUUCUGUGGCGGGGACUACGCCAGACUUCCACGCUUCGUUCUUUGAUUCCAAGUCAAUACCACCUCAGGGCAAUACCAGCUUUAGCGUGGUGUACCUGGGGCGGAGGGAGGGGCUCGUCACAGCCCAUCUUUACAUUCAUACUUCGCUUGGAGUACACAAAUAUCCUGUGUCAGCGAUAGGCGUGGCCAGCGAAUAUGACGUUUGGCCACUUGUUGGAUUGCGUGUACCUCACAAUGCAUCUGUCGAACCGGAGCUUACCUUGUAUAAUCCCACCGAUAAAACUAUACAGGUGAGCGAAGUGUACUCCUCUGGCGGAUGGCUAGGUCUUCGCCUCGCUAGUGGGGAGUCCCGAGCCCCACGAGAUAUCUGGACCAUCCCUCCCAGGGAGCGGCGGGCCCUCGUCCGAUUAAGGGUUUCUCCCACUCACAAACAGCCCUUGGCUGCGUAUGUGCGGAUCAAGGCGAACAUCCCGGGCGGUGGUUUAGUAGUGUGCGUGGAAGCCCGUAGUGCACCACCCGGGGAACACACGAGACCGCUGCAUUUGAGGCUUCGCCCCCGGGGCUCCAACGAUCCUGAGCAUUCGGUGUUCGUGGAGGCGGCGAACAGUGCAGCAUCUGGCGUGAGGCUAGACGCAGCUCUAGACGCGGCCAGCUGCUGGCGAAGCGCCCCAGCACCUCCGCCGCCUUGUGCCCAUGCGCAUGUCGCUAAUGGUGGUGCAGACGUCCAUAGUGGAGCACAUCUGACUGUGCUGAAGUCACAUUUGGAGCCGUUUGAGGAUUUCACUCGAGUCGCGAAACUCACGUUUAACUAUGCAGAGCUUUGGGCAAUGUCCCGCCAGAAGGUGGACGAGCAAAGUAAUGGCGAGAGCAAAGAGGGCGUGGCCUGGUGUGGGGGCUGCGUCCGCCUGGGUAAGGCAUCCGUGCCAUACAGCCUCACACUCUUGCCCGGGACGCUCGCCUUUCAACCGGAUAAGCUCGAUAUAAUAACGUCUGAUGAGAAGUCAGCGUUCAUGGAGCAUGAAGUCUUCGCCCACAAUCACUUUGAGAUGCCGCUUCGUAUCACUGCGGUGCAUCUGCCUGACGAGGUGUUGCCAUUUUUCGAGGUUAAAAGAAACACGCCCCUGCUGCUAAACCCGGGUGCUUUAAGCUCGCUCCUCACUCUGCGUCUGCAUACGUUGCCAGAUACGAUUGAUACGCGUAUAACAGUACACACGAAUCUCUCGCAGUAUCAUAUACCGCUGCGGCUUUAUAAUGGGAAUUUGUCAUUUGAAUGGGAUUGGCCUAAUUCGGACGCGAAUUUGGACUUGGGCGUGGUCGGUACGUCGACGACAUGGCGUGUAGGUCUGCGGCUGCGCAACCGCGCCUGCGUUGAACUUUGCGUCACCGGCCUAAGUGCAACGUUGCCGGGGGCCUCUGCCACUCUCACUAAUGCUGUGCCGCAAUGCGUCCCGCCCUACGGUUGGUCGAAAGCCUGGCUGCGAGUGGUGGCACCAGCCCGGGAAGGCGUGGUAGUGGGAUCGAUACGUGCGCAAACGGCGUACGCGUAUACGCACGCGUCGCUGACGCUACGAGCGCACAGCGGACGACUUGCGGCCAUAUCGCCGGUGUUGCCAGCUGCCGCACCUUAUGCAGGUUCGGUGGCGCCACUUGUGAUAGACAGCACGAUGUCUCUUUGGAUGAAGGUCACAGGGGUGUCAUACGUCGACACACACACACAAGACGCACUCAAAUUUGUCCCACUAGAUAGUACAGAGGUGGGCCCAGGUCGACAUACAGUGGGCCACAUUCAUUAUGAACCCGAGAAACUCUGCGAACCCAAUUGCUAUACGGGACUGCCUUUGGACUCUUCGGCUGGUCUAUUGUGGUUGGAGCGGUCCAAGGGAAAAAACUGGGCGGACACAAUCCGUGCAGACAUACAUGCGUUGCAGACACGCCUGGAACAGUUUGGGAAUAGUUUGACUCACACAAACUACUCUAUAUAUCUACAUACAACACAGGUGAUUCAAACACCUGUCGACGUAAUGAUAGAACACAAGUGGCCACGCCUUAUCGUAAGCAGUGGUGUGGUCGACCCCAAUGCGACAAGUUCCCUUAAAAAUGGGGAAAGUGAGGCAAACGGAGCAAGUGGGUCUAAAGAGUUGGGGGGCGUGGGUCUGGUCCCUGUUGGGGGGCGUGGGCUCGUGUGGCUGCGCGUCCGGAAUCCUUCGAGUAAGCCGAUUAUGGUACAGCCAGUCUUGGCCCCGACUUUAACUGACGUAUUGCCUAAAGAGGCGGGUGGUGAAUCGGGCUGGUGUAAAACCACCGCCUGUGUCUGGUCGGACUCCUUCUCAAUAGAGGAGUGGAGGGGGGUGAAGGGGGAGGCGAGGGCGUGGGAGGGGGACGUAGUGUGGCUGGAGCCGCGGGCGGAGGUGGACGUGCGUGUCAACUUUACGCCCAAGCAGGCUGCGAGUUUGACUACGUAUUUGUAUUUAAGGAAUAACUUGACGAUAUUAGAAGGCGUACAGUUAAACGGUGUGGGAGCGGUGCCAAGCUUCGAUUUGGGUGGAAGAAGACCUGGACCAUCCUCGAUAUUUCAUUUUGAGGUGGAAGAGUGUGUGUCGAGCACCCGUUCCGCGGUUGUUCGACGGCGCAUAGUUGCUCGCAACACUGGUAGAGUUUCCAUCCACCUUCACGGGUGGGACAUUUCCCGCCAAGGGUGCCGCGGACGGGGCUUCCGCGUCUACCCCUGCGCCCCCUUAACCCUCGCCCCCAAUCAGACCGCCCCCAUACACCUCGCCUUCACCCCAGACUACACCCUUUCCCGCCAGUCCGCGAAGCUUCGGCUCCUUUCCGACCUAGGUCCCGUCGAGUACACCCUACUGGCCACGGUUCCCGUUAAACUCCUGACCCGCUGUGCCCCCACGUUCCCGAAACACCCAUGGGACGCCCCCAUUCGAAAUUUUGUCAAUACCCUCACAUUUAUAAUACUCGCCGUCCUCCUAUUCACCGCUGUGUAUGACUCUGAGAGACUUCUACGCAGAGCGAGAUCCACCCGAGCGCCAUCUAUCCGUCCCCCCUUAGAUCUUCGAGAAAUCGCGGCGACCACCACGGUCACCCAACCCCCGCCCCCCAGAGCCCCUCCAUCGAGGCGUAAGCGCCCGACGAGAAGAACAGACCCUCGUGCAGAAAGAAUUGCCUUCGAAAGAUGGCGCACGGAAGUUCUGAGACGCACAGACGACGAUUCUUCCCGCUCCAGUGAGGAUCUGGAAGAGAAAGAGAAGAAAGAAGAGGUAGUUGAAAAGGAGCCAGAGAAACCAGAGGAGAUUGAGGUGUCCAGCGCGUCUGACGAAUCCACUCAGGUGGAUGAGCAGGACAACGAUGAAGCUUAUACGGCAGAUGCGGAGUUGGACGCGCGCGAUUCACCCGAAGAAACCAUAGUGGAGCCAAAAAUAAGCCCAAUUAGGACGCAAUCCCCUCCCAAGGUUCAAGUUACCCGACGCUCCCCUAACAAUCGGCGGGAGAGACGAAACGACGAGACUGUCAGGAAGAACAUUCGCCCACAUGUGAGGAAGGAGAAACGCCGAACGCAGAGGGCUACAACCCCGCCGAGGUCCGUCACCGUGAAGGAGAACGUUGAACCAGGGGAGAUUGGGGAAAGCAGGGGCAAUGUCCGUUGGGGGGCGUCGUGGAGUUCAGUCGUCGCGGGGCCCCCGCUUGCCCCCAUUGGGUCGGACGUCCGUAGGCGAGAGAAUAAUACUGACAACUCCCUGUUCUACUACAACGGGGCACCGGAGCCGCCUAGGCCGGAGCCCGAGUUCGCCUGGAGGCCUGCGAUUGGAACACCUGAGAGAUUGCCAUUUACGCCGUCCACGUCCACUAGGGAUUUCCUUGACGAUACCCCAACAUACAACAAUAUAGGUUCCGUAUGGGGGGCAAACAAUGCCUGGUGUUGGGGUGGCGCCCCCAUGCGUCCGCCCCCUGGCUUCGCCCAGCAAGCCCCUCGCCCUUAUGACCCGUUCCGCUCUUUGGCUUCCAUUUGGGCCCCAGCCCCCCACGAUUGGCACAUCAAUCCCCCCAACGAUGAUGAACAGAACAACUAAAUUAUCGUUUAUAGUCAGUUAUAUCUAAGUAACUUAUUAACUAAAAGUCGACCUUUGCAUACUUGAUCGUAUUAUUGAUCGUGCCCCAAGAAUAAAUCAUGCCCCAAAUAUAAAGAAAGAUAAGUAAUAUAAUAAGUGAUAAAACCCCAUUUAUCCAUUCAGUGGGAAAUAUCUGCUUAGACUAGUUUGUGGGCUGCACAAAUUACACAGAUUAUGCGAUUUUUUUAAAUUUUAUAACUGUCAAAACUUAUUUUGACAGCGUUACUAAGAUAUUAACUGCUAUAACGGUAUUACGGUUAUACGGCAAUGUAAGAUAAAUGUAAUUUUUAAGAUAAGUAAAAAAGAAACUCAACCACUUUUUAAAUUGCCAUUAUAAUCGUGUACUUGUUAAAUAUAGCUUUUUGUUUUAAAUGCUGAGUAAAAUUGAUCACUGGUUGGUCACAAACGUCAACAGAUAGAUUAGUAACUGAAGACAUUUUGAAAAAACAUUCGGUGCCUUUCAGCUGUCAAAACUUGACAUUGAUGUAUUCAAAAGCACGAAGCUGUCGUUUAGUUUCCGUGAAGGUUUUAGUUUCAAGCAAACAAGAACAAGCUAUAUUUUACAAGGAAAGGUGACCUCGCUUUUACAAUGGACUCUGAUAUUAAAGUUUAUUAAAUGUUGUAACGGAAGAUGUGUUUGGUGAUGUCUAGUCAUGGUUUCACAUCACCGGGCCAUUAUCAAAUGUGAACAAACCAAUGUAAUAUGUCCGUUCUUGAAUGAAGUUUGACAAUUGACUAAUGGAAAUUGGCGGGAAAUGUUUGAAAUAUUUUUACCGAUCGAAUUGCGUAAUUGCUAAACGUAGCUCAAAAUUUUACCGCGGAACUUACAGACAAGAUGGCGGAUUUUUAUCAGCUGUUUAUUUGUCGAGGUAAUAAUAUUUUUUUAAGACGUGACUAAAUGAUUGUCUGUGACAAUUAUGUUCGUUAAAUUAGGGGCACGCGAUACGAAAUCAUUGGUAAGAAUUUUUAAACAUUGUUCUGUUAAUUAAAUAUGGUUUAUUUAGGAUUGGCUUUUGGCAACAUCCUAUUAUCUCUUUCAAAACUUCUUUCAAGGAACGGACAUAAAAAUGCAGUAUGAAAUGACGAGUCAUGUGUGUUUUGUUCCGAAGAUACUGUUUUUGUAAUUGAACAAACUUAUUAUUACAAAUUGUAUGUUACAACUAAAAUAAACUUUGCUACAAAUGAAGUUUUUUAAUGGCUCCACAGAAAAUGGUCAUGGCGUGACCGUAUUUCAAAACGUCAACAACUGUUUGUCUGAUUUUAUUUUCAAAGUAUUUGGAAUUUUUACAAUUCAAAGUAAAAGAUCCUUUCAACCUUCCCAAGGUCAAUUCAUGCCUUUUUGACUUCAACCACGUCAUUUAAAGUGAAUAUAUUAACAAUUUAGAGUUCGCUAUAUUAUAUCUUAAAAACUAUUUCUUUACCCUGUAAGCUAGUCUAACUUGAUAAUAUAGGAUUAAAAUCCCUAGUUUGAUGAAUUAUUUUGUUUGGAAGGCAUUUUGAAAACGUCGCUUGUUAAAAUGGCGGCAAUCAUGGUGGUAGUUGUAUACGUUUUGAAGUACGAGCUUUUUACCUAUUUGCACUAAAAAUUGGGCAAAAUUUAAGGUUCCUAAUUUAGUUAAGUUGUUUUAGUUUUAAAAUUUGUGUUUUUUUAUAAUAUCUGAUGGAUUUAGUGCAAAUGGGGGUGUGUUAAUGACACCAUAACCAAAAGGCAAGAUGUUUUAAAUACUCGAGAAUUGUAAUUGCGACAUUAUUGCGUUUAACAAUGCGCAAUGGUCAGUCUUGCUUUUACGGUAAUGGAAAUAUAAGGUUACCGCGUAAUAGAUAAAUAGGGAAUGUAGACGCCACAAACUAAAGAAGGCAUUUAACUUCAUAGACUAGGCUACCCAUUACAUUGCCUCGUAGGCGUACUAUGAACAGUAUUCAGGCGCAAAAAAGUUCAUUACGAUUUACGACGUUGGUCACCAAGCGGUCAAACAUAGUAUAUGGAAAUACAAAAAGUGUUUUGACAUGUAACAGUGUAAUGGGGAUACUGCCCAAGUGAAAUUUGAAUCAAAUGUUGGUUCGCCCAAAGGCAGACUGAUG